GGGCGACACGGUUUUUUGUCCUGUUGGUUAUUUUACCGGGUUCGCCGGUAAAACCAUAAACCGGCUUUACCGCCGGUAAGUUUUCCCUGUCCAUUGUCCAAUCUCCGGUGACCCGGACAGUUCGCUCACCACCACACCCACCACGCUGCAAUGGCCCCGGGAGCUCCACAAGAGGGUCCCCGCGGAGCGGGCGAAACGGAGCAGGACGAAGUGCCGCAGCCACAGCGAGAGCGGGAAGAAGCGGGGGUGCUCGAAGAGGACGACGGCGUCGAGGAGGCGGAAGAGGAGGAGGAGGCCCCUACCCACCUCCCCUUCGCGCCCUCUUCCGAGCUACUUGAUGAUGCAACAACAGUUGAUCCCAGCUACACUAUCUCGCUUAUAAGACAGCUAAUACCUCAGGGUUCCAAUGUCGAGAAAGAGUUUAGCGUGAAGCAAGGUGUCCCAGAAGAGAAUGAUGCAAAUCCUGAUAAUGGGGAACCAUCACAACCUGAGAAUAAAGAUCCAUGGGAAGAGGGUGGUUGCAUUCUAUGGGACCUUGCGGCUAGUAAACCACAAGCAGAACUGAUGAUGAAUAAUCUUGUACUUGAAGUGAUUUUGGUAAACUUCCAUGUUACCCAAUCUCCUAGAGUGAAGGAAAUCUGUCUUGGAAUCAUGGGAAACUUAGCUUGUCAUGAAUCUCUAGUUAACACAAUCAGUCUGCAAAAUGGUUUGACUGCAACAGUUGUGGAUCAGCUAUUUCUAGAUGACUCUGCUUGCCUUUCUGAAACAUUCAGGUUUUUGGCCACCGUUCUUCGGAGUAAUGCGUCUGCUUCUUGGGCUGAAGCUCUCUUACCUGAUGAAGUUCUUUCACGUGUUCUGUGGAUAGUUGGAAACACACUGAAUUCUACAUUACUAGAAAAGAGCAUUGACUUUCUAUCAACUGUCAUUGAUAAUCAAGAUGUGACUGCCGUACUUCUUCAGCCUUUGAUAAAAAUGGGUUUGGUUAAUCAUGCUAUCAGUUUGUUAGCAAGUGAGAUUGAAAAAGUAUCAGAUGAGAGCAAAUUAGACAGGUCAGCUUCUCUUGAUUUGAUCCUUGAUUUUAUUGAGGAAUUAUCUGCCAUAGACAGCUGUUCAGAAGAGAUGUCAUCAAGUGACCAGCUGAUUCAAGUGCUCGAUAGCAUAGUUAAAUUACCUGAUAAAUUUGAGGUUCCAAGCUAUUGCGCUUCUGUGGUGAUCAUAUUAGCAAAUCUUUUGGCAGAUGGAAAGCAUAUUGUGCCUAUGCUCUCCCACGAUUUACCCUUCCUGGAGGGCCUGUUUGAUAUUCUUCCACUGAUCUCUGAUGAUAAGCAAGCCCGAAACGCACUUUGGUGUAUCUUAUCACAUCUUCUGGCACAAGCACAAGGAAUUGACACAAACUCUUCAUCUCUUGAGCAUUUUGUAUCUCUGCUCUUAGGCAGGUUCACUCUCAUCAAAGAUGACCUUGAGAGUCAGAGAGUUGACAAAGAAGAGGACUUGUCAGCUGAGGAUGCUUACUUGAAGCAAGGGGUAUCUACAUCUCUCAGGGCAAUCUGCUGUGUCAUGGAGAGAUGGAUUGCGGAGAAGACCUCCCUGGGCAAAGAAGACGCUUCACUUACUGAAAACACCAUUGAAAAUGCUAGAAAGAUUCUGAGCUACUGCCAGAAUUAUGAUCUGUAGUUUUCUGCAAGUUUAAUGGACACAAUUGACCUGUGAGUCUGCAAUGUGCGGCUGCUGGACCGUAGAAGUAUUUUGAAGCAUAAUAUUAUUGUAGAGAACAACAGUGCUGUGGAGUAGAUCAGUUGCUAAGCUAGUUUGUAAC